AUUCAAAUAUCAAACCAUCUCUCCAAAUACAUUACUAUCCCUUUGAUAUUCUCUCUAGGGUUUGGAAAUGGGUUCAAAGGCCUUUGCAUCCACAGCUCUUCUCCUCUCUCUCAACCUUCUCUUCUUCGCUUUGGUCACAUCCACAUAUAUUCCAUGCCCACCUGUGACACCUAAGCCCACUCCAACGCCUUACAACCCCCCCACCAAUUACCCACCUGCCUACCCUACCUGCCCAAGAGAUACACUGAAGCUUGGUGUAUGUGCUGAUGUGCUAGGGUUGGUGAAUGUGGUUGUUGGCUCUCCACCAACACUCCCUUGUUGCAGUCUCCUUGAAGGCCUAAUUGACCUUGAAGCAGCUGUCUGUCUUUGCACUGCCAUUAAAGCCAAUAUCUUGGGCAUAAACCUCAAUGUCCCAGUCUCCCUAACCUUGCUUUUGAACACUUGUGGAAAGAAGUACCCAUCUGGUUUCCAAUGUGCCUAAGGCCUCUCUCUCUCUCUCUCUCUCUCUCUCUCUCUCUCUCUCUCUUUGGUAUUUGGUUUGUUGUGUUAUAGGGUUUGAAGUUGUGGGUUUGUUGAGUCCUUUUUUUUUUUUUUUCUUGGAGUAGUGUAUUGAUUUUGAGAUGAAAGGCUGUUGUGAUUAGACCUUUCUAUUCUAAUAAACAUAUCAGUCAAGGCUAGUAAUAAAUCGUGUACUCAUGGGUAUUAUUGAGAAAAGUGAUUCUUGAUGGAAUAA